UUUCACUUCGGCGCUGUGCAGCGUGAAAAUGAAGAAGUUCAACAUCAGGAAGGUGCUGGACGGGUUGAAGGAGGUGUCCUCCUCCACGCCGUCGGUCCAAGUGGGGCCACAGGAGAACCAUCUGGUUCAGGAGACUCUCCAGUCCGAGCAUUUCCAGCUCUGCAAGACUGUUCGCCAUGGCUUCCCGUAUCAGCCAUCAGCGAUGGCUUUCGACCCCGUGCAGAAGAUCCUGGCCAUCGGCACCCAGAGCGGAGCGCUCAGAUUGUUUGGACGACCGGGAGUGGAGUGCUACUGUCAGCAUGAAAGUGGAGCAGCCGUCAUCCAGCUCCAGUUUCUCAUCAAUGAGGGAGCGUUGGUGAGUGCGUUGGCUGACGACAGCGUCCAUUUGUGGAACCUGAGGCAGAAGAGACCAGCGGUUCUCCAUUCCCUCAAAUUCAACAGAGAGAGAAUAACUUUCUGCCACCUGCCAUUCCAGAGUAAAUGGCUAUAUAUCGGCACAGAACGAGGAAAUAUCCACAUUGUCAAUGUGGAGUCCUUCAUGCUCUCAGGCUACGUCAUCAUGUGGAACAAAGCCAUUGAACUGUCCUCCAAGGCUCACCCUGGACCAGUUGUACACAUAAGUGAUAACCCUAUGGAUGAAGGAAAGCUUAUAAUUGGAUUUGAGUCGGGGAUUGUGGUCCUGUGGGAUCUGAAAUCAAAGAAGGCAGACUACCGCUACACUUAUGAUGAGGCUAUCCACUCCGUUGCUUGGCAUCAUGAGGGCAAACAGUUCAUUUGCAGUCACUCAGAUGGAACUCUGACCAUAUGGAACAUCAGAGGCCAAGGCAAGCCAGUCCAGACAAUCAUACCGCAUGGAAAACAGCCCAAGGAUGGAAAGAAGCCAGAGUCAUGUAAACCCAUUCUUAAAGUGGAAUAUAAAACGACUAGAAAUGGGGACCCUUUCAUAAUUUUCUCUGGUGGUCUUUCUUAUGACAUGGUGGGUCGGCGGCCUUGUCUGACUGUUAUGCAUGGAAAAAGUACUGCUGUGCUGGAGAUGGAUUACCCUAUAGUAGACUUUCUCACUCUAUGUGAGACACCAUAUCCUAAUGAUUUUCAGGAGCCCUACGCUGUCGUGGUCCUUCUAGAAAAAGAUUUAGUGGUAAUCGACCUUGCACAAAAUGGUUACCCCAUUUUCGAGAACCCAUAUCCGCUGACUAUUCAUGAGUCUCCUGUUACCUGCUGUGAGUACUUCGCCGACUGCCCUGUGGACCUCAUACCUGCACUUUACUCUGUUGGCUCACGGCAGAAACGACAGGGCUACAGCAAAAAGGAAUGGCCUGUUAGUGGGGGAAACUGGGGUCAAGGCACACAAAGCUACUCAGAGAUCAUCAUCACUGGGCAUGCUGAUGGAACAGUAAAGUUCUGGGAUGCCUCUGCAAUAAUGCUCCAGGUGCUCUAUAAGCUCAAAACAGCCAAGGUUUUUGACAGGAACCGGUCUAAGGAGGACAAGGGCAACAUGGAGGUGUCAGAUGAAGAUCCUUUUGCCAUUCAGAUUAUGGCCUGGUGCCCAGAGAGCCGGAUGCUGUGUGUGGCCGGCGUGUCGGCCAACGUUAUCAUCUACCGCUUCAGUAAGCUGGAAGUAACCACUGAGGUGGUCCAGCUUCUGGAGGUGCGGAUGCAGUACGAGCUGAACGAAACGGAGUCUCCAGAUGGCGGAGGUGGAGGGGGCGAGCAGACGUCGGCCCAUCCCACUCCUGGUGCCUCCCCUCAGACGAGCGGCCCGCCUUCACACCCGUCCACCAGCAGCAACAACUCUGACGGAGGCAACGUUCCCUGCCUCAAGGUGCGAAGUACUCCUUUGAAGCAGUCUCCAGGUUACCAGGUGGACUUGGUGGUCCAGUCAGUGUGGGUGAGUGGAGAGCCCCCUCAGCCCAUCACCAGUCUGGCUCUGAAUUCCACCUACAGCCUAGUGGUGUUUGGUAACAGUAACGGUCUGGCAGUGGUGGACUACGUCCAGAAGACCGUCGUACUCAAUUUAGGAACUGUCGAGCUUUACGGCUCCAACGACCCCUAUCAGAGACAGCCUCGGUCGCCAAGAAAAACACGACAGCCUUCAGGAGGUUUAUGUGAUAUCAACGAGGGCUCGGCCACAUCAGAAGACCGCUGCAAGUCCCCCACUUCAGUGUUGAUGUCACACAGCAACCUUCAACAAUUCUACAAUGGAGGUGGUAGAGGAGCAAAGAUGUCACGGAAAUUAAGCUUGCCUACUGAGCUAAAGCCAGACUUGGUCCUCCUGUCUGUGUGCCCACCGCGGGGUGCCAACCCAUUAGACCACCGGGACAACUCCUUCAGCCGCUCGCGCUCCUCCAGCGUCACCAGCAUCGACAAGGAGGCGCGAGAAGCCGUCAGCUCCUUCCACUUUUGUGAGAGCUUUGCCCGGAAAGGGGACAGCACCCUGACCCCCUGCCUUUAUGUGGGCACCUCCCUGGGGACUGUGUUGGUACUGGCGCUCACGUUGCCACCUGCUGGUGAGCAGCGGCAACUACAGCCGGUUAUUAUUUCACCUGCAGGUAUGUUGGUGCGCUUGAAGGGGAGUAUUAUGCGGAUGGCUUUCUUGGACUCUACAGGAACUCUGCUGCCUUCUGCAUUCGAAAGUUGGUAUGAACCCAACAUUACAGCAGACGGAGAAGAAAGGGAGAAGGUCCGUAAGCGCCGGCCCGUCUCCGUGUCGCCUUCCACCUCCCAGGACUUCAAUGAAAGCCAGUUUGCUGUGGUUUGCUCAGAGAAACAGGCCAAAGUCAUUUCCCUUCCCUCCCAGACCUGCAUCUACAAACACAGCAUCACAGAGACCUCCUUCAUUUUACGGGCAGAUGUCGUUCAGAUGAACCAAGGCGUGUGCGUGGCUUGUUUUUGUGCCAACGGCCACAUCAUGACUCUCAGUGUGCCGGGUCUGAGACCGCUCCUGGAUGUAAACUACCUACCUUUGACUGACAUGCGAAUAGCCAGGACUUUCUGCUUCACCAACCUGGGUCAGGCCAUGUACCUCUGCUCCCCUACUGAGAUCCAGAGGAUCACAUACAGUCAGGAGACGUGUGAAAACCUACAGGAGAUGCUGGGGGAACUUUUUACACCAGUGGAGACACCAGAGGCGCCCAACAGAGGCUUCUUCAAAGGCCUCUUUGGAGGAGGGGCCCAGUCACUUGACAGAGAGGAGCUAUUCGGUGAGUUAGCAGCUGGGAAGGCCUCUCGAAGCCUGGCCCAGCACAUGCCCGGCCCAGGUGGCAUUGAAGGGAUGAAAGGGGCCGCUUCUGGUGUGGUUGGAGAUCUGGCACGGGCUCGGAUAGCGCUGGAUGAAAGAGGCCAGAAACUGGGCGAACUGGAGGAGAGGACAGCUGCCAUGAUGGCCAGUGCGGAUUCCUUUUCCAAACAUGCCCACGACAUGAUGCUGAAGUGCAAAGACAAAAAAUGGUACCAGUUCUGAUUAGUGACCGGG